UGGAGGCCGAGCCCGGAGGGGUGGAUGAACGGCGACAAGCUCGAAAGCGUUGGAGGAAGAUAACGAACGGGUGAGGGAGCUGCUCCGCCUUUGCUAUGAGGAGGGCAUUCUCCCUAGCAACAUAGAUCCAAGAGAAAUGACUGUACAAGGUCGGGGAGUCAGAUUUAAAGUUAGAGAGUUUAUCGAUAGAAUCAACGUGCAGUGGCUCAAGGAGCGAACCGUAACCAUCAUAUUCAGAGAAGCAGCCCGGUUCCUCGCUAGGAGUGUCAAGGAAGACCUUAUCAGAGCUUAUGAGGAUGAGCGACUCCAGACAGGACAAGUCAACGCUCUUUUGGCACAACUGCUCCAAGAACUGCCGCAAGCCGGGGGGCACCCGCUGAUGCAACAGCCGCUGUUUCCUCAACAAUCAGGCAUAUUUCGACCUCCUUUCAAUCUGGAUGCAACGGCGGGCUUUCGGCCAUAUCAACCAGUCCAGGGGCCUGGGUUUCAGCCCAUGGCUCUGGCCGGAGGAGGUGGAAGAAUUACUGACCAGUCAGUCAGUACGCAGCUCAAUCAGGGAGGACCAGGUGGCGCCAGUAGCAGACAUUUGAGAGGAGGUGAAGCCAGACAGGAUCCAGAAGCAUCGGGCGGAAGACUUCGGGGUGAUACUCCGGGGAAACAUCGCAGAGGCGAGAGUAGUGGUUCAGAUUUACUUCGAGAAGAAUCUAUAACCUCUACACCAAGAUCGGAGAACUCAGGUGAGGGAGAAACAAUCAUUGGCACUCCGGGCAUGAAGACCACAAGACGAAGAACUCCUACCUCCUUGGCCCGUGGGCAGCUUAACAUUGUGGAGCAAAAGAUUCUGCCCAUUAUGUGCACAGCGCUAAGAAGCAGCUUUUGGGUUAUUGCUUGGAACGGCACGGACGGAGUACCGGAGUUAUUCAGUACUCCCUCCCCAGAGCAACCGAUGCCUACGACUGUCACCCAGAUUGUCCAGAUGGCGGUCAGAGGCAAGUUUUUUGUACGACUCAUUCCAGACGAGCCAAUGGCGAGAUUCGUGCUCGACCUUCCGGACGGAAGGAAACUCAAAUUCUUCGCUCCUAUUCUGGAUGCUCGUAUCCUUGAGGUGCAACUGAUGCAGUUGGAACAGAAAGGUCUCAGACUACUGUCGAUGAUAUGGUUUGCAGAAGGCCGUAGACAGGAGCUAUGCAGGAUCAGGGUUCCGCCAUUUCGUUCGGCAAAAUUCUUAACGCAGCUUGACGGAAAACUGGCGAGAGACAAGAAGUUCAAUUCGAAGUUCCUUCGUGAAGUUCUCACGAAGCCGUGGGAGCCCGAGCCAGCGAACGCAAGUACGGUAGAAGUAGUGAAGGAGGAGUCUCAACCGUGUUCGGACCACAAGCCGGUUGUCUUACAAUUGCACACAUCUGAAGCUGCCCGUGGAAAAGGUUACUUCAGGUUCAAUGUGCAGAACUUGGAAGACUCAGGAUUGGUUGAAUGGAUGAAGACCUUUUGGCAAGAAUGGUCGCAGAUGAAACAGAGGUACCCCACGUCAGAAGAAUGGUGGCAGGUGGGUUCGGUGACGUUCUCGAACCACCUGAAUAUCUACUCACGAAUACUGGCAGCAGGCAGGAAGAACGAGGAGAGAGUACUGGAAAGGAAGAUAGCAGAUGCGGAGCGGAGAAUGAACGGCCAUCCGAUCUCCCAGGUACCUUGGGGACGAGAAAGAGUUAAGCUGAUUGCAGAAUGGGAUGCUCUGCAGCAAAGGAAGUCAGAGUACUGGGCGGAGCGGCUAAGAGUGAGAGGGAUUGCGGUAUAUGAUAGAAUGAAUAAGGAAUCCUUCCAAAGGUUGGUGUCAAGACAGGCAGCUCAACCAAUUGUUGAAUUAGCCCACCCCUUUGACCCACAGGCCCCACGGGCGAAGGAUUUAGCUAAUUUAAGUGAAUACGCCACCCUGUACUAUAAGGAUAUCCUUACGUCCAGAUUGCAAGAUAGGGAUGUUGAUGUAGAGCUCUAUCUAAGUUCUUCUCACUGGGAUAAUAGCUUGGAUAGACUGCCACAGUCCACUCGUCUCUUGUUAGACAAAACCAUAAGAGUAGAGGAAGCGCUUCAAACGCUGAAAUCUAUGGCACAUGGGAAAGUCCCUGGGGACGAUGGUAUGCCAGUAGAGCUAUAUCUAGCAAUCUGGGAGGAGAUAGGGGACAGCCUAGUGGAAAUUUACAAUUCAAUCCUGACAGGGGGAGGUCUCUCAAAGAACAUGCGCAACGGAGUCAUUUCGGUUCUUUACAAGAAAGGAGAUAAAGCAGAUGUAAGGAAUUAUCGGCCAAUAGCGCUGUUGAACGUGUCAUAUAAGCUCCUAGCCAAGACUCUUGUGCGGUGACUGAGUCUGAUUCUACCGACGCUAGUGAAGGAAGACCAAGCAGCUUUUGUCCGAGGCAGAUCUAUUUUCACCAAUAU